AUGCCAGACUGGUGGUGGCUAUUCAUGGCUGCUAUUUUUGGCGCCGUGUCAGCCCUGACAAUUCCAUUAGCAUUAUUGCUUUAUUUCUUUAGACCGUUUGAGAAGGAACACCAAACAGAGGAAGACUUUAGCAUUCCAAUCACAUUACCUCCUGAAAUUCUGAAUGAAUUAUGCCAUGGUGCCGGCAGCACUCCAGAGGGAGCCUUGAAUGGGAUGUUACAAUUUAUCUUUCAACAAAGUACGGCUGACACCCGAUGGUUAAGAAGACGCAUGGCGAAUGAGCUGGCGGAAUUACUUGCUAAGACAUCAUCAGGAAAGAUAUUUGAAUCUCUUACGUUACGUUCACUAGAAGUAGGAACAGAAUUUCCCAGUUUAUCAAACCUCCGAGUAGUGAGCGGAGAAUUAGAGGAAGAUGGGGCGAGACUCCGAUCCUUAGAUUUACGACUGGACUUGACUUAUGACGGCAGCUUCAGGAUUGAAGUUGACGCUGUUAUGUUACUGGGGAAGAUCGCUAACAUAUCUAUCACGGUCGAGAGCAUCAGUGGUACUGUCCGUGUGAUGUUCCGUAGAACGCCGUACACGCACUGGGCGCUGGCUUUCGAAAACCAGCCUAAACUUGAGCUCCGAGUACGAGGUCGCUUCCAAGGAAGACAGCUCAAGCCAAGAUUGGCAGCCCUUGUCGCCGCUCAUAUAAGGCGAGCGGUUGCACAGAGACAUACACUUCCUAAUUACAAGAUACGGUAUAAGCCAUUCUUCCCAAAGUCAGAACCUGGCAGUACCGAAGGCGAAGAUGGUCCUACACCACAGGGCCGUCUCACCGUCAGGCUGGUAGAAGUGAGUCGACUGUACUGGCCCGGAAAUAUCGGCAUUGUUCGAGCCGCUCUAGCUGUAGAUUCUCAUGCUUGGGUGUCCCUAAGACGUGGUAUUCUUGUACUCGACAUAGUACUACCAGCAGUGAGUGGCCCUCUAGGCCUUGUGUGCUGUCAAGGUGUUGGUGUCGUCCUAGUAGACACGGUUGUACCGAUGUCACCGGCAUACAGAGCUGAUCUUCGGAGAGACGACGUGGUUUUAGCGAUAGAUAACAAGCCUGUUACUAAUGUAGCACAGGUUGCCAAGCUCCUACGUAGCGUUGAGCGUCGUGCGGUAACAGUCCGUGUACGGCGGGGUGGAGCUGGAGGUGUGACAAGAAGAGAUGACGAACCAAAACGAUUGAGGACUAACUUCUCCUUUAGACGGGUUUCAGAAGUCAUGGAAGGAGUCAAGGGAUUACAAGGAAUGCGGUCUGCUUCUAAGAAUAACGUGCAAGAUUCAGAUUCUCCAGCAAAGACAGUUGAGCAAAACGACAUCGAUACACAAGGAAAACAAAAGAUUGAAAUAGCACGCCAGCUCACUAAAUCCACGGAUUCUAUAGGACCUAGUAAUUUCGGGCUACGAAAACGAAGGUGUUCCGUUGAAAACAAAUCCUCUGACAGUUCUGCUGGAAGCACACCACCAGCUUCUGGAGCUAGUACACCACUUCGCCAAGUUACAACCAAUAAGACAGUUAAACACCCUGACGUACCCAUUAUACGUACAGAAACCGAAUGCAAGGUUUCUGAAAAGGAGAUUGAAGAAGAUGAAAUCUUCGAAGCUGGCGGUCCAAGACAGACGGAGCAUGUUGAGAUAUGCCAAAUGUUUUGGACGAAGAAUGUCCAAUUAAAGCCUAUCAUUCCUUUCGAUGAAGAAACAGAUUUCAAGCUAAAUGAGAACCAUAAAUACCUCAAUAUAAACGUUUGGGUGACCGUCCCCGGAGAGAAAGAUGAGGUGUUACUAGGGUACCUUAACAUUCCACUUGCGGCGCUAUUGUCUGAAUGCCAAGAUUCGACUGUUCCACAUCACAUGAAACGGUACCAGUUUCUACCGCCCGACGUUGAUAUAAAAUUUAGCAAAAGCCACAACCUCUCAUCUCACGCUGGCUUCGAACCGUGCCUAUGUUUUGGAGAUGCCUUAGUGUGGUGGGAGUGGGAAGGCGUCACGGGCACUCGUUCUUCCCCCCGCCCUUCAACUAGAGUCCCCUUACGUGCUCCUGUGGUGUCUACGUCUGUUACGUCACACGACUUCGUACGUACGCACUUCCAUCGGUCCACACAAUGCGACUUCUGUAAUAAAAAGAUUUGGCUAAAAGACGCAAUGCAAUGUCGAAACUGUGGAUUGUGUUGUCACAAGAAAUGCGUUACCAAGUGUCAGGAGACCUCACCAUGCAUACCCAAGCAAAAUCGAGAAACGACUGGCUUUCAACCUCCCGAGCUAAUAACGACCGAGGCCGAUGUGGAUCCAGACUCCGAAGAAGACGAAAAAGGAGAAAGAAAGGAUUCCCUAGACGUACACGAAGAAGGCGGUGGAGCAAUGAGUGCGCUGGUUGCAGGACUUCGAAGAGCUGGUUCCGCACACUCCCUUUGUGUGGCUAAGAGCAACUCAUCCUCGAGAUCGUUACCGCCAUCACCAAGCCAUACACCAAGGAAGGGAUCCCUGGAGUCAGGCAACCCGUUCAGUGGGUGUGGCGCGUCGUGGUUGUCCCAAGGGGAGGUUGGGGCGGUAUUGGCCCCCGUGGUGCGGAGCGAAUUGCCGCCCGACGCACUUCUUGCAGCCGCCCGAGAUUCUGCGCCCGCCCUUGCCGCUGCUCUAACUGCCGCACAGAUACAUGAUAUGCUACAAGCCGUACGCGAAGAACUAUCAGCUUCAGACGCAAGUGGUGAGGAGGGAGGAGAGGGCCGCGCCUGCGCGCUUACAGCUCUUAUGCUGCAUUGUUGCGCAGCCGCACAACUCGCACAACGGCCCGAUAACACCUAA